AUGGAUCCGCUUCAAGCAAAACGACCGCGCAUUACUUCAGGAACUUUGUCUGUUUCGUCAGCAAAGGCAUUACUCAGGCGCAGCUUCAGCCGCCGAGACACACAGACGUCGGACAGCCAGGAGUCUAAUGUUCAUGCGAAGGGACCUCUUGGCCUUACUACUGUAUACGAGCCAGAUGAUGCUAAUGCUGUGGCUGAUCUGGUCUUCGUCCAUGGCCUCAACGGCGGAUCUAAGAGCACAUGGAGCAAGGGAGGGGACGCGAGUCUCUUUUGGCCUGGCGAGUUCCUACCGCGAGACGGCUUUCGAGAUGUGCGAAUACACACAUUCGGAUACUCUUCUGGCGUAAGCCGAGAUUCAGUACUCAACAUUUAUGACUUCGCGCGCAGCCUGCUUGCAGCCGUUCAGGAUGCACCAACCAUGACUAGGAGCCCGCAAGUAAGUAUGGGAGGCUUAGUGAUCAAAAAGGCAUUCAUUAUGGGAACUCAGAUUCCAGAGUUUCAGCCUCUUGUUUCACGCACCUCUGCUGUCUUUUUCCUUGCUACACCGCACCAGGGCGCCGAUAUAGCGAGAACUCUCAGUAGGCUACUGGCCUUGGCUCCAGGUUCUCGUCCUUUCGUUAACGACUUGUUCCCUGAAUCCCCUGCCCUCCAGUCCAUCAAUGACGAGUUUCCACGUGUGAGUAGCCAUUUGAAGUUAUUCUCAUUUUACGAAACAAAGUCGAUGAACUACGGGGUGGGGAAAGGACUCAUUGUCGAGAAGCAUGCAGCCGUUAUGAAUGCCCCGAAUGAGAGAAAGACGCCCCUGGAUGCAAAUCAUCGAAAUGCUGCGAUGUACGCGUCGCCGAAUGACCCUUCAUACAUUUCUGUUCGAAACGCCCUUGUCACUGUAGUCCAAAGUCAAAGACAGUCAAGCAAGUCGUCAAAGCAGGAUUUGGAGCGGGAAACCCAAAUUCAGCUGGACAGAUACCUAGGUGUUCAAGAUGCGCCCGAGGAUCAAAUAAUGGCACAAGACACCGCAAGAGUCGCAGGGUCUUGCGAAUGGCUAUUGCGCAAAGACUCUUUCAUGAGCUGGCGCCAAGGUGUUGAUACACGAUUCCUGUGGCUGCGUGGCCGACCGGGAACUGGGAAGAGUUUCUUAGCAGGCCAUGUUAUCAACACGUUACGAAGUCUUGGCAUGGACUGCUGCUUCUUCUUCUUUUCUGAGAGUGAUCAUUCCAAAUCUACGGUCAAUUCCUUCCUUCGCUCUAUAACUUGGCAAUUGGCUACGUUGAAUACGGAUAUUCUUGAGAAAGUCAGCGACCUGUCUUCAAAUUGGAGCGAGACACCCAUCGACAAGAUUGACCAUAAUUUGGUAUGGAGUCGGCUGUACAGCUCAGGGUUGUUGAGGGUCAAAUUGAGCCGACCUCUCUACUGGAUUAUCGACGCCAUGGAUGAAUGCAAAGCCAGCGCGGAUUUGAUGGGGUUUAUCGCCCGAGCGCAGCAGCACUGGCCAUUGUUCGUGUUUGUCACAUCUCGAGACCCGCCAGAGUCUCAUAUGAGGAGUGCAACCCCAACUUUCUCUGAUCUUCGAACAGAAGUGAUUUCAGACGAGGAUAGUAACCAGGAUAUUUCUCGAUUUCUUGAGGCAAAUAUUCAUUUGCUUCCGUGGGCGCGAUCUGACAUUUGGAAAACACCAGGGGACUUCGUGGAUCACAUUCUUAAGAGUGCGCAAGGCUGCUUUCUUUGGGCGCACCUCAUAUUCACUGAGUUGCGACAGGUCCAUACAUUUUCAGAGAUAAGAAAGGUACUUGAGACCAAUCCAAGCAAUAUGGACUCACUGUACGCCAAUAUUUUGACUGGUAUGUCGAAUGCGCGAUUUGGAAGGCAUCUGGCAGAGGCUCUGCUGAUAUGGGCCACCUACUCUUUCCGGCCCCUAUCGACUCACGAAGUGCGAGUAUGCAUCGAAAUGGACAUUCAUGACACUAUUGAUGAUGUGGAAAGGUCGAUUUUGAACUGUUGCGGCAAUCUUGUCUAUGUUGAUCGACACAGCAAGAUGCAACUUGUACACCUUACCGCGCGAGAGUUCCUGACGCGAAGCGAUUUAUCAUCAGACUUGAAUUUGGAUAGAACGUCCGCUCAUCGCCGGAUGGCCAUGGCGUGUCUAAGAUACUUGAUGGGUGGAGACAAGGAGCGAGAACGCUCGAUAUCUCGUGCUCCGCGGCAUGGCUCGGUAUCGGAGGCACAAAUGCCACGAGUAUUGCAAGAAUAUGCAUCGACCAGCCUAUUCCAGCAUCUUCAUUACGUCGAUCCUAUAGAUGAUGAUGUUUUGGAUGCAGUGUCUAAAUUCUUGCGGAGUCCAAGCAUACUAGUGUGGAUCGAAUUUCUAGCGUCCAAAUCAAACCUGCCAGGAAUUUUCCACGCUGGAAACACACUCAGUAAUCUUCUAAACCGACGAUCACAGUGCCACCCGCCGCCAAGUACGCUGCUGGCCAACACUCAGAAGGAUAUGGCGGUCUUAGAGGGGUGGGCAAACGAUCUUAAGCACCUUCCUUCUAGGUUUUCGCGAUGGCUUGGAGCAACUCCUUCAUGUAUCCACCAGCUCAUUCCACCUUUCUGCCCUCGAAGUUCUAUUAUCCGACAACAGUUCUCAUCGCCAUACAAGGGCUUGAGCGUCCAAGGUCUCUCAGAAACAGGGUGGAACGAGUGCGUUACCACUAUCAUGUACCCUCGAGGGACGAAGCCCACUACUAUUUGUAGCGGUGAUGGUUACUUUGCUUUGGGUACGAUGGAUGGAAGAGUUAUUGUCUACGGAAGCGAGAUGGGCCAAGAAAUACAUACUUUGAGCCACGGUGGCUAUGUGUGGCGUCUGGCCUUUAGUCAGCCUAUUCGCGGUUCAGACCCCAAAACAUUGCUUGCUUCAGCAGGGAACAAAACGAUUAGAAUAUGGGAUCCUGAAUCGGGUUCGCCAAUUCUGAGAGUAUCUAUUGACUCAAUCUGUCUGGCACUGGCCUUUACGGACCAUAACUCGGUUUUGCGAGCCGUCACGAAGAAGAAUCAACUAUAUGAGUGGGAUGUUAGCACAGGUUUGUUGUUUGAGAAUCCAAUUGACUGGACCCAAGACCUCCUCGAUGAAGAAGGUUCAGAUCUGCAGUCUCGUGCGCCUGAAUUGGCAGAAAUUGGAUAUACAGCGGGCCUGCUUUGCAUAUCAUAUCGAGGGAAAGACCUCAUACUCUGGGAUUACCUAGAUCAUGACCUCUACGACAUCUAUGAAAGGGAUACUGGAUCGAAAAGAUAUGCAUCUACAAAGUUGGCCGAUGGCACGACUACGGUCCAAGGAAUGGCUUUCAGCGAGCAGCGCGAUUUCAACAUGCUUGCAAUCUCAUAUUAUGAUGGCGGCCUAGCUCUUUACGAUACCUCAAAUGGCUCCAAAGUGCACCUGCGUGAGGAUGUCAACGCCCUCCUACUCAUCGGAUCUCCUGAUGGUCGAACAUUAGCAACUGCAGACUCCCGCGGAAACAUUAAGCUGUUUGAUUUCGCAUCGUUGAAAUUCAUAUAUCACAUACAACUCCCUAGUAAUAGCUUAACGGUCAAAUCCCUUUCUUUCACUCCCGACAGUAUGCGGGUAAUCGAGCUACGAGGGAAUCAGUGCCGAGUGUGGGAACCUUCAGUUCUUCCAAGACAACGCGGAGAGGAUGAGAUUAGCGAUACUGUUUCAAUACCCGUUGGGAUUGGAAAUGUUGACAAUGAGUCUCGGGAGGGUAGGAAUGUCACAGCCCUGGCUUGCGCAAAUACAGCAAAUCUGGUCUUUUAUGGCAAACAGGACGGCUCAGUCCACGUUUUCGACACUAGAGGGCCGGAGCCUCGAAUUCGGGAUUAUUUCCUGUGCCGAUAUUUCGGGCCGUGUAACAGGAAGACAAAUAAGCAGGGAGCGUCUCGGUCCAAACUCCCACUGGGAAGUUUCCUCGCCCCUGAUCAACCGGCGAUUCGAGGAAACGACCAGACAGAUCUUGACCUCUGGGAAAUUAUCCAGGAUGAUAAUUUCUACGGAACAGUCGAACACCCUUUGGCAGUUGCCGUCUUCUGA